AUGUACGGGAUGCUGCUGGAAAGUGUGCAAUACUUCGUGCAGUUAGAAUUCGGCGAAGAGAUAUGGUGUCACAUUCUGGAGAAAGCUGAUUGCAAACACAUGGUUUUUAAUACCAGACAGUCAUACUCGGACGAACUGAUGACUAAUUUGGCCGCUUCUCUCGCCACGUACACUGGCGAUUCCAUGGAUAAUGUUAUGCAAUUUUUCGGCAGGUGCUUCGUUAGAUAUUUCAGUAAUUUAGGGUACGAUUGCACCAUAAAAGCAACUGGUCGCUAUUUUUGCGACUUUCUGCAAAGCGUUGACAACAUUCACAUGCAAAUGAGAUUCACUUAUCCGAAGAUGAAAAGUCCUUCCAUGUACACCACACACGUGGAUCCACAGGGAGUCGUUCUAGUUUAUAGAAGUACUCGACAAGGUUUUACCCAUUACCUCAUGGGACAAUUAUUUCAAAUAGCGAAGGACCUGUAUGAUACAGAGCUGGAUAUUAGAGUGCUAGAAAGCUCGAAUAAUAUUCCAGGAUCUCGAAACGUGAUGGUUAAAUUCCGCAUUGAUUUCGACAACCGUCAAUACAUCGCAAAAAACAACCGAAUGAAAACUCCGCUGGGUCGCGAACUGCCACCUAUUUCCUGCACAUUUUUCCUGCGUCUUUUUCCAUUUGGCGUAGUGAUGAGUAAGGAAAUGCAAAUUCUCGGAGCGGGUGAUAAACUACUUCAAGCUUGGGGUGGUACCGCGUCCAUCUUAAACAAGCACGUCACGGAAAUCUUUAAAUUGAGAAGACCCAAAGGAAUUUCCUUUACGUGGGGCAACGUGAUGUAUUUGCAUUCAGUGAUAUUCGAAUUAGAACUCAUCCGAGCGAACGAUCAUCACACCGCAAUAAAAUCGGCCGAUGCACCGAGCACCAGCAGCGGUUUAGACAGGCGUGGUAGUCAAGGUGCACGAAGUAUCCUGUUGAAAGGCCAAAUGAGAUAUAUCGAGGACAUCAAGGCGAUUAUAUUCCUCUGCAGCCCUCUGAUCAACAGUUUGGACGAACUUCUCAACAUGGGUCUAUAUUUGAACGAUCUGAAUCCUCAUGGUAUGAGUAAAGAACUAGUGCUGGCAGGAUGGCAACAUUGCGGAAGGUUGGAAAUGAUGUUCGAGAGGGCCGAGCAGAGAUCGACAGAGCUGGAAGACAGUUACGCGUUGUUGGACCGUUGGAAAAACAAGAGCGACGAGCUAUUAUACUCCAUGAUCCCGCAAACCGUGGCGGAUCGACUGCGAGCCGGGGCCAGUCCGUUAAGUACUUGCGAGUCGUUCGAUUCGAUCACGGUUCUCUUCUGUGAAUUAUGCGACUUCGACUACUCGACCAUCGAAGGAGCGAUGGACAUUGUGUCGUCCAUGAACGCGGUUUUCUCCUGCUUCGACACGCUGAUGGAUCAGUUCAACGUGUACAAGGUGGAGACUGUGGGUCGCGUGUACAUGGCAGCCGGUGGCGCGCCAGACAGAAAUGAAAAUCAUGCGCAGAACAUUGCCGAUGUUUCUCUGCAGCUUAUCGAGCACGUUCGGUCCCUCAAAUUACCCUCCGGGCUCGACAUCCGGAUCCGUAUAGGAAUUCAUUCCGGGCCAGCGGUCGCCGGCGUGGUCGGCAUCAAGGUGCCGAGAUACUGUUUCUUCGGUGAUACCGUUAACACGGCUUCCAGAAUGCAAACCACUAGUCUGCCAGGAAAGGUCCACAUUUCUUCCAGCACCAAAGCGCUGUUACCUGAAGGUCGUUAUCAUACAGAAUCACGUGGCGUUGUGUGGGUCAAGAUACUACGCAACAACAUAAGGAAUAUUCCUGCUUCGAAUGCUCAGGUGCACUACAAUAUCACAAAUGCCGAGGUCGACAAUCGUCCGGCGAUAGACGAGGUUUCUUACGUUGAUUUCGAUUCCUCACCUACGUCCUCCUCAAGACCAGACGUCUGUAACGACUGUGUUUGCGGGGUUGGCAGAAAAACGAGGAUCGUCGGCGGCAACGUGACGAGCAUCUACGAGUACCCCUGGUUGGUCAGUAUGACGAAGAAAGGAAUGUUUUACUGCGCUGGCAGCGUAAUAUCACGCAAGCACGUUCUUACAGCGGCCCACUGCUUAGAAGGGUUCGACAUUAAAACCAUCAGACUCGUUUUGGCGGACAGCGACCGUCCAUCGAUAAGUAGCAACGCUAUUGUGCGACGUAUCAAAUCCGCGACAAUCCACGAGAACUUCCACGCUUACACAUUCAACAAUGACAUCGCAAUCAUAGAGAUGGAUUACCCCGUGCCGGUGGACGGUAUCGUUCGAACGGCUUGUCUACCCGAAGACAAAGCCAUUGAUUACACCGGCGCUAUAGCCACGGUGGUUGGAUGGGGUAGAACAGGUGAAACGAAACCGGUUAGUGACGAAUUGCGAAAAGUCAAUCUACCGAUUUUGUCGCAAGAGGAAUGCGAUCAGGCUGGAUACGGCAAAAAUCGCAUCACAGAAAAUAUGUUUUGCGCCGGCUACUUAGAAGGAGAGCGCGGAGACGCUUGUUUCGGUGACAGCGGCGGUCCACUUCACGUUAAAGGAAGUAACGCCCACCUCGAAUUAAUAGGAAUCAUUUCAUGGGGACGAGGCUGCUCCAGGCCAAAUUUUCCAGGCAUAUAUAGUAAAUUAACAAAUUACAUCGGAUGGAUUAAAGAUCACUUGGAUGGCGAAUGCGUUUGUCCUCCGCCGCACCGGCAAUGAAGCCAAAUUUCGUCUUCAUACAAAUGAUGAAUAUAGAUCAUAUAAUAAUUAGAGUAACAAUGAAUAUUAAAAUGGCAUUAAGUUAAACCUCAUGAAGAAGCGUUCUUCCGAAUUCGCGUUAAUCAUAAGCACACGACGCCCAUAUUUCACUUAGUUGUAUUGUUUUUGAAUUGUCAUAACAUCAUU